AGUAGAAUCGACGGACAGCGUCAAAAUCCCUCGUGAAGGACACCAGUCGCUAUCCGCCAGGGGGCGAAACCACUGUUACGCAUUUUUCCCCCGACGCCAUUUGACAUGCCACUUCCGCAUGUGUAGGACGGAGCAGGCGGAUUAAUAUCUUGAAAUGCCCAGCUAGCUAAAGGAAUCGGAUUUUAUGGAUGGUUACUCAACUUUUCCUGCAAAUGCUUUUCACGUCGUGAAGUCAGACGGCGAAGGAGGAAGGGAAGGCAGAGAGACCAGGGGAGGUCUGACGACACCGUCCCCGCUCACCUACGCUGAAGGCACAGACUGAUAAAUGCAAGCACACCGCCCGGUCACAUCUGCCUCUGAUUUACACUGGAGGGACAUCAAGGCUUCACAACCAAAGCUGUCAGUCUGCAAGUAACGUGUGCAAGGACAGAAUCUUAAAAAAAAGGAGGUUUUUUUGGGGGGGGGGGGGGGGGACGUAGCAUGUGUGAGAGUCUGCAGCGGCGUUCGGUACCGGAGGUCCAAUAUUCAGGAUGGAUGACACAUGUUCCAGGCUACGUUUUCUGAUCCAGCUUCAAAGGGACCAAUCGUCAGGACAGAGAAGAAGCAGCUAAAGAUACAAGGUUUAAAAAUUAACCCCCAAAACUUCCUGUCCCAGGGCGAAAGAUGCGUUGGUGCAACUUAGGCCACCACUUGCUGUCGCUGGCGGCACUUCUGGUAAUUGUGAGCAGCGGAGGAGGGGAGCAGAGGAGGGGGACGGAUAGCAGCAGCGCCAGCGGCACAGGUGGCGGCAGCGGCAGCAGCAGCAGCAGCAGCAGCAGCAGCAGCGGAUCAAGUGGUGGCAGCAAUUACAGCAGCAGACGUUUCCACAAGAUCCAGCAUGGCCAGUGCACCUACACCUUCAUCCUACCCGAGGAGGAUGGAGGAGGCGCCUGCAGGGACACGGGAGCCGGUAGCCCCCAGCAAAACGCCAACUCCCUCCAGAGGGACGCGCCGCCGCCCGAGCCGGAAGUUCCCAGCCAGAAGAUCCAGCAGCUCGAGCACAUCAUGGAGAACUAUACCCAGUGGCUGCAGAAGAUUGAAAACUACAUCAAAGAGAGCAUGAAGACGGAGAUGGCCCAACUGCAGCAGAGUGCCGUGCACAACCACACUGCGGCCAUGUUGGAAAUGGGCACCAACCUCCUCUCUCAGACGGCCGAACAGACGCGCAAGCUGACCGACGUUGAGACACAGGUCCUCAAUCAGACGUCGAGGCUUGAGAUCCAGAUGCUGGAAAAUUCACUUUCCACUAACAAGUUGGAGAAAGAGUUAAUGGUCCAGACCAAUGAGAUCAGCAAAUUGCAUGACAAGAACAGCCUCCUGGAGCAGAAGAUGUUGGAGAUGGAGACGCGACACCGUGAUGAGCUGGAGACGCUGAAGCAGGAGAAGGGAAGUCUCCAGACCCUGGUGGGGAGGCAGAGCGGGGUUAUCGGCGAGCUGGAAACCCAGCUGAACCGAGCCACGGGAAACAGCACAGCCCUGCAGAGACAGCAGCAGGAGAUGAUGGAUACCGUCCACAACCUGCUCAACCUCUGCUCUAAAGACGGAGUUGUCCCUAACAGUACAAAAGUUGCGGACGAGGAGAAGAAGUUCCGCGACUGUGCCGACCUCUACCAGGCCGGCUUCCAUAAGAACGCCAUCUACGCCAUCCAGAUCAACGCCCAGGAGACGAAAAAGGUGUAUUGCAACAUGGAAACUGCCGGUGGCGGAUGGACGGUCAUCCAGCACCGAGAAGACGGCAGCGUGGACUUCCAGAGAACGUGGAAGGAGUACAAGAUGGGAUUCGGGAGCAUGUCUGCAGAGCACUGGCUGGGGAACGAGUACGUUUACCAGCUGACCAGCCAGAGGCAGUACGCUCUCCGCGUGGAGCUGACGGACUGGGACGGACACCAGGCCUUCUCACUGUACGACCGCUUCCAGAUCGGCAGUGAGAAGCAGAACUACAGGCUGUUCCUGAAAAGCCACAGCGGGACGGCCGGCAGGCAGAGCAGUCUAGUGAUCCACGGAGCGGACUUCAGCACCAAGGACGCGGACAAUGACAACUGCCAGUGCAAGUGCGCCCUCAUGCUCACUGGGGGUUGGUGGUUCGACGCCUGCGGCCCGUCCAACCUCAACGGCAUGUACUUCACCCAAGGGCAGCACAUAGGGAAGCUGAACGGUAUCAAGUGGCACUACUUCAAGGGCCCCAGCUACUCGCUACGGGCCACCGCCAUGAUGAUCCGCCCGCUGGACUUCUCCUAGUUCCUUUUGAACUUUUGAACUUUCCAAACGCUUCCCAUUCUGUCCCCCGCGUCUCAUCUCAUUUUCGCCGGCCACGGGAGUCAUCCGAUAAAUCUUUUUAUUCUCAACCUGCACCCCCCCCACCCCAGAGCAGCUGCUGCUGUUGUUGCUGUGCUACUGUUGCCUCGCGACCUUUGCCCUCCUUGAACUGCCACGAGGAGGAGGAGGAGGAGGAGGAGGACAGAGCGAGGUGCGAUUCGCCCCGAACUGAUUUCUGCUCCAAACCAGAUUCUCGCACUUGAGAGGUUGUCGUUUUUUGGUUUUUUUUACUCACACCCGGAAUUCGUGCAGGUUUUGAGGUCAGAGUCGAAGCAUGACAUCAACCCACAGUUCCUCCACUUUCCCGGGGACCUGUGUUGUAACGAUGCGGCGGACGGGACUCUCUUCUGAUGAAUGGAAAGCAGCUUUCGCAGAGCGGCAGUGACUCUUCAACUGCUCACGGACCAAAACGCUUUCAGGAGACGAAAUGAGAGAUACUGCUUCUUUUUUAUAAAAGUGUUGCUCACAGCUCAUAAAUGCUGCGACUGUGUUACGUUGUCGUACUAUUUUUUUCCGUUGUCGUUAUUCUAACUGUAUGCAGUAUCCAAGAAGGUGAGAUCAAAUGUGUCUCUUGUACUGUACAGUUUAUGCUGCAGUUUAAACACACACACACACACACUCAGUUCCAAGGUGACCUUGACAUCCAAGUGAUGAGUUGCAGUCGUUAACAGUUAUGAGGCACAUUUCACACUCGCACACGCAUCACGAAGUGUGUGUGUGUGUGUGUGUGUGUGUGUGUGUGUGAGAUUAUUUUUGGAGCUCGAGAUGUUAGGUUAUUAUUGGAUUAGAUUCUGCACUCAUAUCAAUUUGUCUCUGUUGUUGGCUGAGAAACACCCGACACCUGCCAAGGUUUUCAGGCCGUGCGAUCGACUUACACUCGCAAAGUAAUGUGUAUUUUCAAAAUAUACACAGAGAUAUAUAUAUAUAUAUAUAUAUAUAUAUAUAUACGGUAUAUAUCCCGGAGCGUGAGGAUGAUGUAGCACGUCGCGACUCUCGUAUAAUCACAAAAAAUGCUUAUAUUAAGCUGGUGUCUCACACACACACUUACACACACACAUCCAUCAGUUUCUUCAUCUUCUAACCUCUGACCCCCGACGCAAAAGAGCAGAUCAUCACCGCUACAUUACACAGAAUCGUCCUCGAGCCAGUAUCUGUUUCUCAUCAAUGCAUCUUAAGGAAAAAAAAGAAGAAAAAAAGGAGCUGGAGUUGGACGUGAACCACGAAAUUAAUGAUUCCACCAAGUGAUCCGUGUGAACACGUUACAGCGUUUCCUAACCUCCAGCUUACAACAACACUCUCCGCCGUGGAGUAUUUACUAAAAGGUGCAUGUGGCAAGAAGACGGAGUGUAUCUGGAACUCGUAUAACUGCAAUUGACAUGUUUAUUAGCGUACUAUAAUUUAACGUGUGAGUAUGUAAAUCAGCUUUCCUGAGGAAAGCUAUUCUUUUUUUUUUCUUCUUCUUCUCCUCCUUCUCCUCCUUCUUCUUCUUCUUCUUCUGUUUUUACUCUGCCAGAAGUACAAUGGUGUCGGGAAGUUGAGCAUAAACCCCCGUAGGAGUUAAGACAAUAACCCUGGAGAAAUGUGCCUUUGAUACAGUAAACUCUGCUUUUACCUCAUUAAAAUUCUAGAUUUGCAGAUUUAUUUAUCUUUUUUUUUUUGUAACAUGUGGUCAGUGUCGUGUCGCUAGAUUAAAUAAAAAAGAAGGAGCAUGUGAUGCACUAACGUUUUCAA